AUCAGAGCGAAUGACAAAAUGUGACAAGGCUAAGUGUCAAUGUUUCGAAACAGUUUAGGUUAGAAAAUAACCAAAAUAACUACCAAAGUUUGUUGAUUAUGCCUCUCUAAGUGGUUUUACCGCUUGUAUUCAUCUCUUAUAUAAUCGUAUUUCAAAAUGACAACUACUGUUAUAAAAUACGUUGGAAGGACUACCGAUUUUAAGGGAAAGACGUUGUGGGAAAUUGUAGGAAGUCUAAAAAAUUUCGGAGUAGGAAGGAUCGUUGUUCGAUCUGUAUUUCAGCGAUAUCCUGAGCCGAGUUUUAUGAAGAUAGUGAAAGUAGAGACAUGUCCUGACGAGGAAAGGCGUCGUGUCCGCGUAUGGGUAGAGAAAACUUUCAGAGGAAAAAAGCUUGAUAAAUUAACUGAAAUCUAUAGAACAUCAUAUAAGCCUGAUUAUAAUCUUAUACCGAAGCAUGAAGAGGCAAAUUUACUGCAGUCCGUCAAAGAGAUACAUGAUUCCCCAGAUGUAAUUUUGCCCAGAACCAUAGAAAUGCCACCUUUAAUGAAGAAAUUUAUAGUAAAAGAUCAUGAGAACAAAGGAAUGGAGAUAUUGAAAGAGUAUGUAAUGCCACUUAGCUACAACACCAGUCCUAACAGAGUGGCAAGGAUCGCUCAGGGAGAUGAAAAACCAACAGUUAAGUUCGCUAUGGGCCUGGGAAAGCCUGCUAGCCCCUCACUAUAUGAAGGCAUUACAUUGAAUUAAAUCAAUGUGAAAAAAAAAUUGUAGUUAAUAAUAUUUAGAAGAAUAAUUGUUAGUAUAUUUUAUUGCAAUAAAUU